UAGUAAAUUAAUGAUACAUGUCGUAGAUCAGUCUAUAAAAACCAUUCAAAAGUCGAAUAAAAAUUAAAAGUGAUCGAAGUAUUUUUCUUAUUUUAAUGAGUGAGACUAUGAUUUAAUCAACUGAGUAUAAAUAUCGAAUGUCUAUUAAAAUUCAACUCAGUCGAAUAUUUCACGGUGUUGGUGUUUUAAGAGAACUAGAGACUGAGAAAGCACAACACAUGGCACCUGUAACAACCACUCCAAUCAUCAAUGACGGCCCACUCAUCGCCGAGGUCGAUAUGGGCUCCGAUUUCAACGCACAAACUGUCCGCGCCACUGUUGUUCAAGCUUCCACAAUCUUCUACGACACUCCCGCCACUUUAGAUAAAGCUGAGAGAUUACUGGCAGAAGCUGCUAGCUAUGGAUCCCAAAUUGUGGUGUUUCCAGAAGCAUAUAUUGGUGGCUACCCGCGUGGUUCUGUUUUUGGAGUUUCUCUUGGUAACCGCACUGCCAAGGGUAGAGAAGAUUUCAGGAAGUAUCAUUCAGCUGCCAUUGACGUGCCUGGUCCUGAGGUGGAUAGAUUGGCAGCAAUGGCAGGGAAGUAUAAAGUACAUUUAGUGAUGGGUGUGAUAGAGAGGGAUGGCUACACACUUUACUGUACAGUUCUCUUCUUUGAUUCUCAAGGCCGUUACCUAGGAAAGCACAGGAAACUCAUGCCAACGGCACUUGAACGGGUUAUCUGGGGAUUUGGGGAUGGAUCGACCAUUCCAGUGUUUGAAACUCAAAUUGGAAAAAUAGGUGCUGUCAUUUGUUGGGAGAACAAAAUGCCACUGUUAAGAACAGCAAUGUAUGCUAAAGGUGUGGAAAUAUAUUGUGCACCUACUGCUGAUUCAAGGGAAUUGUGGCAACCAUCAAUGAUCCAUAUUGCUCUUGAAGGUGGAUGUUUUGUUUUGUCAGCAAACCAGUUCUGUAGGAGGAAGGAUUACCCACCUGCUCCAGAUUAUGUUUUUGAAGGUACAGAAGAGGACCUUACACCUGAUUCUGUUGUAUGUGCUGGUGGUAGUGUCAUUGUAUCACCAUCAGGCGCUGUUUUGGCUGGACCAAAUUAUGAAGGGGAGGCUCUGAUAUCAGCAGACCUAGAUCUUGGGGAUAUAGCAAGAGCCAAGUUCGAUUUCGAUGUGGUUGGACACUAUGGAAGACCUGAAGUGCUCAGCUUGAUUGUCAAGGACCACCCAACAAAUCCAGUUACAUUUGCCUCGACAUCAACAAAAACCGAAGAGAAGACCAAGUAGUUUCUUCCUUUCAUGGUCAGCAACUUCCUAGUACAAUAAGCACUUGCACAUAGGUUUGAUUCAGAUGGACUUAUUAAAAUUACUUUUUUUCUAUUCAGACCACAAUUUAAAAAGACAAUGACUGUUACGAAAUGUCUAUUCCAAAAAAUGUGAUAAAUGCUCAAAUUUAUGUUUGUAGUAACUGCAUGGUUUUUCAAACAUGCUGUAAGCUGCACAGAAGGCAAAACAAUUCAAAUGAUUGUUGUUUUAACAAUUCACGAUAUGUUAUAAAAUAAUUAGUUGUUUUUCAAAA